UAUUCAGAGUUCUUGAACCUAGCGCAAUGAAGACAGGGUUGGUAAUGGUUUUUAUGAUGGUGUCUUACAUUUCUGCUCACGAGUUCGAUACAGAAUUGAUAACGGUGUCUCCUCAAGAGUAUUUGGCAGAAAACGUGGAAAGUAGGGGAGGAUUACGAUUCGACACAAAACUUGCGGAAACAAUAAGUGCUGAUCUUCCACCAGAUAAUGGGGGGAACUAUGGAGACUUGAUUUAUAAAUUCAGGGAGAAUAAAGACACGCUGCUUCUAAGAGAAGUGGUAAUCACCGAUCAGUUAUCCUCCUACGAACAGAAUAUUAGGUGGACUGUAUCAAUAUCCGGAGCACAGGUAACUUCGGUGAGAGUUCUGAAUUUUGGGAGGUCAAGGGCAUAUUGCUUGAGGAUUGAUGUAGCAGCAGGUGAUGUUCAGAUUUUCCUCAGAGUUCCAGUCCUAGGCGAUCCAAGAGUUAUGAUUGAAGUUUAUGGCUACUAAAUAAUCAACAUGAAAUAUAUAGUUUCUGAAUAGUU